AUGGAACCACUACAGGAACCAGUUGUGCAAGAAGAUGCAAAUAUUAAAGCUAUUAAUGAAGAGUACAGGAAGGCCUUUAUUUUUAUCAGUAAAGGACUGAAUACAGAUGAACUGGGUCAGAAGGAAGAGGCAAGAGAGUAUUAUAAGCAAGGACUUGAACAUUUGCUCCGAGGAGUUAGCAUUCCAUCACAGGGUCCUGCAUGUGUAGGGUCCAAGUGGGAGUCUGCCAGGCAAAUGCAGCAGCAGAUGAGAGAGACCCUCCAAAAUGUUCACGCUCGACUUGGCCUUCUAGAACAAAAUACUCCACCUGUACAAGCUAGUCCUUCUGCAGUGGAUGUGCCUGCUGGGGUGCCCAAGUUGUACCCAUCCAUUCCUUCCAAAGAAAAGCAAGAAAGACCUCCAGCUCCUAAAUCUCUGUUUGUACCAAGUCAGCCACCUGCAGCAGAUGGAAACAUUGCAAUGGUGAGCCAGGGGCAAAUUCCAGCUAUGAGUCCAUCAUCUGCAAAACCUCUUUGUCUGCCGAAUGAAGCACCUCCUGCCUACACACCUCAAGCUACCAAUGGCCAUUUUACUGUGUCUUAUGGCACAGACUCUGGGGAGUUUUCUUCUGUAGGUGAGGACUACUACAGGAAGUGUACUCAGCCUCCGCCCCUUGAAAACCUGGGAGUGGAUGCAGAUGAGCUGAUUAUGAUUCCCCAAGGAGUACAAAUAUUCUUUGUGACUCCCGAUGGGCAGGUUAGUGCUCCUUCAUAUCCUGGAUAUCUACGCAUUGUGAAGUUCUUGGACACAGAUGGUGAGGCAUCCCAGAAUCGUCCGCCUGCGUUUCUUCAGGUUUGUGACUGGUUGUAUCCUCUAAUGUGUAACCAGUCUCCCGUUCUGUGCUGCAAUACUGGAGUCUACAUGUUCCCUGACACAAUGUCCCAGAUACCAGGGUCUUAUGUGGGAAUAGUGCUGUCUUCGGAACUUCCAGCAGCUGACAGAGAGCUCUUUGAGGAUCUCUUAAAACAGAUGUCUGACCUUCAGAUCCAGGUGCCAGGAUCCCAUCAGAAAGUAGGGUUACCUUCAGAGCUCCCAGCAGCUGAGAAAGUGCAUUUUGAAGAUAAAUUUAAACAGAUGUCUGGCCACAAAGUCCAGCCUUCAGAAGCCUCUAGUGAUGCAGUUAACUUGUCUCAGACUGUACAUAUCCAACCACAACCUGAAGGAGUGGAAAAUGAGAAAGAGUUGCCAGAAUGGAGUGAGAAAGUCGCCCAUGGAAUCUUGUCAGGUGCAUCUUGGGUGAGCUGGGGCCUAAUGAAAGGAGCAGAAUAUACUGGUAAAGCUAUCCACAAAGGAGCUUCUAAACUGCGAGAACACAUUCAACCGGAAGAAAAACCUCUGCAAGUCAACCCAACUGUAUCAAAGGGGCUUCAUGUAGCAAAACAGGCUACUGGAGGAGCUGUGAAAGUCAGCCAAUUCUUAGUUGAGGGAGUGUGUUCUAUAGCAAGCUGUGUUGGAAAGGAGCUGGCUCCACAUGUGAAGAAGCACGGCAGCAAAUUAGUUCCAGAAUCCCUUAAGAAAGAUAAAGAUGGCAAAUCGACUCUUGAUGGUGCUCUGGUGGUGGCAGCAAGUGGAGUUCAAGGGUUUUCAACAGUAUGGCAAGGUUUGGAAAGUGCAGCAAAGUGCAUUGCUAAAAGUGUUUCAACAGAGACUGUAAAAACUGUCAAAUACAAGUACGGAGAUGAGGCUGGCCAUGCUACAGACAACGCUAUGAAUUCUGCAAUCAAUGUUGGUGUGACAGCAUUUAACAUUGACAAUAUUGGCAUCAAAGCUGUUGUAAAGAGAACCGCAAAGGAAACGGGCCAUGCUGUGUUAGAUGAAUAUAAAAUAUUAGAUAAUGAGAAGAAGGAUAAAAAAUGAAAGCAAUGAAAAUUUUUUCAAGGCCUUAUACUGCAGAUGAAGCUUCCUAUUUAGAACUUAUUGUAUUGCUAAUCUGCGAUUUAACACACUGUACUUUUCAAUCGAUUGUUAAUUUGACAUAAAAUGUAAAAGUAGGGAAGGCAGAUCUAGAAGGAAAAAUGAAAGUUGUCUUAACUCGUUGGUCUAUUUUG